GGAGCAGUUGCUACUGUGCUCAGACCAGCUUCUCUCUUCUCAGGUCUUCUCUUAGGCCAGACACACGAAGAGAAAGCCUUGGAAAAAGCCCUUGCAUACCAGAGACUAGUUGAAGAACUGAUUUCGUGUAGGUGCAUAAAUGCAGCACUCCUCAGUUCACCACCAACAUAGCAGUGUUUUCUCGGAUAAGAACAAAUUGACUUUUAUUUCCUUUUCCGAGAGCCAGUGUGGUGUAGUGGUUGAGAGCGGUAGUCUUGUAAUCUGUGGAACCGGGUUCGCUUCCCUGCUCCUCCACAUGCAGCUGCUGGAUGACCUUGGGCCAGUCACACUUCCUUGAAGUCUCUCAGCCCCACUCACCUCACAGAGUGUUUGUUGUGGGGGAGGAAGGGAAAGGAGAAUGUUAGCCGCUUUGAGACUCCUUAAAAGGGAGUGAAAGGCGGGAUAUCAAAUCCAAACUCUUCUUCUUCUUCUUCUUCUUUUGUCCUGUCUGAGAGCCACUUGGUAGGCUUUUCACAUUGUGUGUGUGUGAGAGGGGGGGGGCCUAAAGCUGGAAAGGAUUAUUUCCUGAACAGUAGCUGUAUUAGUCUGUUGCACCAAACUUUCUUUCGAGGGUAGAUGUGUAACUUUGGUUGUAUCAUGCCUGACAUUUUAACAAUGGAGAGGGAAGGGAGGGGAGCAGAAGAGGAGUGGACAAGAGCCCAAUUAUCUGCAUGGAGGGGGUCCAAUAGAACAAAAGGGGUUGUACAGUUGUGCCAUUUCUUCACCCCUGGGGAAGUCUGAUUCCUGGCACUUAUGACUGCAGGUACAGCAGACUUUUCCAUUCCAACGUCUCAAGGUGGGAAAUGCAGAAUUUGUCCUAGAAUGAUGGCAUUGUUUUAGCUGCACAUCACUAUUUGCUCAAACUUUAGGAGAUUUAUUUAUUUAUUUAUUUAUUUAUUUCUAUACCGCUUUAUAUUUUUAAUAAAAAUCUCAAAGCGGUUUACAGCAUAUUAAAUCAAUAAAUCAAGAAAACGUUAGCUGGGUGGGUGGAAAGGGCCUUGCAGGGAGCGGCCUUCACACUCACAGCAGGGCGAUGUUCCUCCGGCCUCAUGAGGAGCCUCUUCAGUAGGGCUGGUGAAUGUGGGCCUCGCCCCCUAGGCCAGGUGGAUGUCCAUAUGAUAUUGGGUCUAAGUAUCUAACGGUUAUCUUUUGUCUGUGUUUUUCUCCAGCAUGCCUUCUAUCGUCAGUCUUCCCAGUACCAAAGCUAAAGUUCCAGCCCAGGCACAUUAUGGCUCCUUUCCAGUACGGCUGUUGUGCAGAGUAUUCUGUUUGCAACUGGAUGCCUUUGUCCUGGCUCUUAUUGGCUGCUUUAUGAACAUCUGCUCCACAUCUGCCAAUCUUGAAUGGAGAGUGAGUAACAAUAAUAAUUUAUUAUUGAGAAUGCCUGCCGGAAGGAGAAAACGAGGUGCAAAGAGCCAGAAGAGCAUAACUGGGACUCACAGUUCCUCUAAAACAAAGAAUUGGCAGAGAGCCAACGCCAUCUUCCCUGGCUCAGAAACAGAGCGGGUUGAGGAAGCCGAGAAAACGGAGCAAAUAUAACAAACAGUGAGUAACAACGUUGGGGGAACCUCACCCCCCCUUAAGGAGGAUGACAAUGACCCGACCCCCCUCCUCCCAGAAAAAGCUAAUCCGCCCAAGAGGGCAAGAGCAGGUGCAGGAGGGAUUCCUCCCACUCCUAACGCUGACCCACACAUGCCUCUAGAACAAGAUAUCAGAGGAGCCUGCUUUCAACCGAUUCUGGAUACGCACCCCUACCAAGAGAUUUGCAUGUUGUCUGCAGAAACUAUGGUUCUGGUCCUCCAAAGAGUGUGGCAGAUUGAGAACAUUAUGGGCAGCAACAAACCAGGCAUUGUGGGCACUGGGAUCUGGGGCGCCUGUUCCAUGUGCAGAAUUACAAUGAAGAAGAUCAACAUCAUAUGCAUACCGUUAAAUGAUGAGGAGUCCCUACCCUCUGAAAUCAUCUUUGCCCAGGACUUGAUGCCAUUGGCCUCAAUUGCCAAUGCGCUGACCGUUUUUUGUAUGGCCUUUGCGCUUUAUAACAUAUUUAAGCCGGGAAAACACGAUGAUUUCAUCGUCACCUUCUUUUCCAUCGGCGCAAUUGUGGACUUGGCAGCAGGUACAUUGGUACUUAUUUCCAUUUUGUGGAAUCUGCAUUCUAUAUUAACAAACGAAGGAAUUAAGCUUCCUGAGGUUUUGGGAGUGCCUCCCAUUGAAACAGAACAGCGUGCUGGAAUUUCUAUCUAUACUUGGUUUAAUGCAGCAGCUUCACAGAUCUUAAGUGGAACGCUGGUUCUGGGUGAAAAAUAUUUUUGGAAAAUGUGUGAAAUAAUCACUUCCAAGCAAAAAUUUGUAGACGACCCAGAAAGUGUUACAGGCACUGAAAGCCCAACGCUUUCAGUGCGGGCAUUACUCUAUUACUCUUCUGUGACACUUGAGUGUGAAGAAAAACACACUAUUUGGUGGAGAUAUCAAAGUAAUAUUAAAACGGAAACCAUGCCAGACUCAUUAGGAAUGUGGCUAAGGAAUGGCUCCAGUCCUGUGACUGGCUUCUUUUAAAUCUUAGCAAGGAAGGUUGUGUAUAUUUAUUAUCAAAUUUGUUCAUUUUUAUCUUUCCUUAUGCAUAUUAUGUUUAAUUUAUUUGUUUUUAACUGAAUGCUCCAGGGAUGAUUACAACAUAGGGUGAAAUAUAAAUGGGGGGGGAUGAAAAGAAUCAAAUUGUUAUAUUUAGAUAUUGAUUUUGAUCUCUUUUAGCAAUAAAAAGAAUCUUAUCUCAUUGCACACUUAUGCUGGAGUGCUUAUUUUGCUGCAGACUCCACUGCCUAUUGUGCUUUUCAAGUUUUCUGCAUUUCAGAAACACUGCAAUUCGCAAAAGGUUCUGGGACAUGCUUGGGAGGUGGGUGUGUGCAGUCCGUUUUACAGAGAAUACUGGCCAAGCCUUUGAGUGCCUGUGUGCUGCUCCCAGCCCUGGCCAGCAAGAACAAUGAUCAGGGACACUCGGUUUCAGUAGUCCAGAGAGACCUAGGCCACUUCCAGCUUUAGGUAGAAUAUAAAAUUAAAAAUGAUGGAACACAAAACAAAAUAGCGCCACACACUUAAGAAGUGAGACGUAAUUAAAUAUGAUGAAAUAUCUGUGAACAAAAAAGAACCAUGUCUUUUACCAAAUCAUAUCUCUCAUUUCAGCUCUAAGCUGCAGCUAGAAACAAGUUGAGAGAAGAAUCAAAUACAAAAGAAUUAAGAAGUGACCAAAUCUGAGGCCCACUUAAUUAUACAUACUUUAAUUUUGAACAGAUCCAUGAUUUUCUUCGAGUCCUGUAAACUUUUCAGUUUUCAGGCUUCCAGACGGUUGGGG